CACCACAGUUGUCUCUCCGACCCUUCUCUCUGCAGUAAGCAUGUUCGCCAGGGUAUCUGCGAACCGCUCACGACCCAACGCACGUUACCGGUGAGAAACCCCCCACGGAAGAGUCAAGGAUAAUCGAUUUGGAUGUGGCGCGCACUUGAGAGUUUGAAUACGGUGGUAAGCCCAAGUGACCGGAGCACCGGCAGUGAAGGAGGAAUACAAUAUUCGGGGUGGCGCUUUCUACUUAACGUGGACAAUCAUGCAUAUGCUGUUUUGGGGACUAGGGUUUUUGCUAUUUCUCCCUGACUUUUUGAAUAUAGUGUCAUCCACGGGGAGAUCGCUAUUGAGUUCAAGAAAAGCUGAAAUUUCCUCGCAGCUUGGCGCAUAUGAGAUUGUAACUCCGGAGCGAGUGAAUGAAGCUGGUGACAACUUUCCCACGAGCGUGCACUUCAAAAGGAAAAAGCGUAGUGUGGAGGAUAGCCCAGGCAACUCCUCUGACCAAUGGGCCUUGCCAUCAAUCCAUUACAAAAUAUCUGCGUUUGGACAGAACUAUCACCUCAACCUGACGCCCGAGUCAGGAUUUAUCGCUCCGCUCUACACUGUGACAGUACUUGGAGCACCUAUAGUUAACAUAACGGAUUUCAGCCCGGAGGAGGAGACGGAAGAGGAUACGGAGUAUCAGCACUGCUUCUAUAAAGGACAUGUGAAUGCUCAAACGGAGAACACCGCAGUCAUCAGUCUCUGCUCUGGAUUGCUUGGCACUUUCAGGUCACCGGAAGGGGAAUAUUUUGUGGAGCCCCUUCACAGUUACAAUGGAGAACUCUAUGAAGAAGAACACACCAAACCUCAUAUUGUGUACAGAAAGAAAGCCUCUGAGAAUGAGGCAGCCGUGGAGGACACUGCUUGUGACACAUCAGGACAUAAACACAGACACAAGAGGAACAGCGACAAGGUGAAGAGACGUCCGCUGUCCAGCAGUAGCAGCAGCAUGCUGGACGACCUGGACGACCUGUCUGCAGGCCUGACUGCCGAUCCCUUCUCCAGAACAGAGAGAGAGAGCGGCAGACGGCCGGCUAAUGACAGCAGCGGCGACUCAGGACCUCACAGGAGAUCAAAGCGCUUCCUCUCCUAUCCCCGCUUUGUAGAAGUCAUGGUGGUGGCAGACAGCAAGAUGGUGGAACAUCACGGGAGCAACCUUCAGCACUACAUACUCACAUUAAUGUCUAUCGUGUCUUCCAUCUACAAGGAUCCCAGCAUCGGAAAUCUGAUUAACGUUGUGAUUGUGAAGUUAGUCAUAAUCAACAAUGAGCUGGAUGGCCCAACCAUUUCCUUCAAUGCACAGACCACUUUAAAGAACUUCUGUAUCUGGCAACAGAGGCAAAAUCACCAAGAUGAGAAUCAUCACUCCCACCACGACACAGCCAUUCUCAUCACCAGGCAAGACAUCUGCCGAGCGCGGGACAAGUGUGACACAUUAGGGCUUGCAGAGCUUGGCACCGUGUGUGAUCCAUACAGAAGCUGCAGUAUUAGUGAGGACAAUGGGCUCAGCACUGCAUUCACUAUCGCCCAUGAACUGGGCCAUGUAUUCAACAUGCCCCAUGAUGACAGCAACAAGUGCAAAGAGGAGGGGGUUAAAAUACAGCAGCAUGUGAUGGCGCCCACACUCAACUACUACACUAACCCCUGGAUGUGGUCCAAGUGUAGCAGGAAAUACAUCACAGAGUUCCUUGACACAGGGUAUGGAGAGUGCUUACUUGAUGAGCCCAUUUCUAGGCCAUACAGUCUGUCGCAGCAGCUGCCUGGACGGAUAUACAAUGUCAAUAAACAAUGUGAAUUGAUAUUUGGGCCGGGGACACAGGUGUGCCCAUAUAUGGUCCAGUGCCGCAGACUGUGGUGCACCAGCCCAGAGGGGGCCCAGAGAGGCUGCAGGACCCAACACAUGCCUUGGGCUGACGGGACCGAGUGCUCUCCAGGAAAGCACUGUAAACAUGGCCAGUGCAUUCCCAAGGAGCACGACGCCACCCCCGUGGACGGGGCGUGGGGAGGCUGGUCUCCGUUUGGCUCUUGCUCGCGGACGUGUGGCGGGGGCAUCAAGAUUGCCGUGCGCGAGUGCAACCAACCUGUGCCCAAGAACGGGGGGAAGUACUGUGUGGGGCGCAGGAUGAAGUUCCGCUCGUGUAACUCAGAGCCCUGCUCCAAGCAGAAGAAAGACUUCAGAGAGGAGCAGUGUGCUGCCUUUGAUGGCCGGCACUUCAACAUCAAUGGUCUACCUCCUAACGUGCGCUGGGUACCCAAGUACAGCGGAAUUCAGAUGAAGGAUCGCUGUAAGCUGUUCUGCAGGGUGGCUGGCAGCACGGCCUACUACCAGCUCAGGGACCGGGUCAUCGACGGCACGCCAUGUGGCCCCGACACCAACGACGUCUGUGUGCAGGGCCUGUGCAGGCAAGCGGGAUGUGACCAUGUGUUGAAUUCCAAGGCGAGGAGAGAUAAGUGUGGUGUGUGUGGCGGUGACAACUCCUCGUGCAAGACCGUGGCAGGCACCUUCAACAUGGUGCGCUACGGAUACAACGAAGUGGUGAGAAUACCCAGUGGUGCUACAAAUAUUGAUGUUCGUCAACACAGCUACUCAGGGAAACCAGAGGACGAUAACUACCUCGCUGUUUCAAACAGUCGUGGGGACUUCCUGCUCAAUGGCGAGUUUGUAGUCAGCAUGUUUAAAAGGGAAAUCAAAGUGGGCAAUGCCGUCAUCGAGUACAGCGGAUCCGACCACGUCAUCGAGAGAAUCAACUGCACUGACCGCAUCGAGGAGGAGAUCAUUGUCCAGGUGCUUUCUGUAGGUAACUUGUACAACCCAGACGUCAGGUACUCCUAUAACAUCCCCAUCGAGGAUAAACCCCAGCAGUUUGUCUGGGAUGCCUACGGGCCCUGGCAGGACUGCAGCAGGCCCUGCCAAGGAGAGCGUAAGAGGAAGAUCCUGUGUAGUAGAGAGUCGGACCGUGUGGUGGUCUCAGACCAGAGGUGCCAUGGGGCCGCCAGACCAGCCAUGGUCACAGAACCCUGCAACGCAGAGUGUGAAAUCAGGUGGCAUGUGGCGAGGAAGAGCGAGUGCACAGUCCCAUGUGGGGUGGGAUAUCGUACGCUGGAGAUCUACUGCGCCAAACUCAGCCGUGCAGAUGGAAAGACCCAGAAGGUGGACGAGCGUUACUGCAGCAGUCAACGCAAACCUGACGACAAGGAGAGUUGCCAUGGAGACUGUAACCCAGGAGGAUGGGAGUACUCAUCUUGGUCAGAGUGCUCCAAAAGCUGUGGAGGAGGGUCCCGGCGUCGUGCGGCUGUGUGUGGAAAGUCUUCUGAGGCGGGAAGUGAUGAGAGCAAGUGCAGCCAGAGAGACAAGCUGACCACCGUCCAGAACUGCAAUGAGUUCCUAUGUCCUGCGUGGAAGACCGGAGACUGGUCUGAGUGCCUGGUGACGUGUGGGAAAGGGUACAAGCAUCGGCAGACAUGGUGCCAGUUUGCGGAGGACCGACUGGACGACCGCUUCUGUGACUCGAUGUCCAAGCCUGAGUCAGUCCAGACGUGUCAGCAGCAGGAUUGUGCUUCGUGGCAGGUCGGACCAUGGGGACAGUGCACUACCUCGUGUGGACCCGGCUACCAGAUGCGAGCUGUGAAGUGCGUUGUGGGGUCAUACGGAUCCGUCAUGGACGACACUGAAUGUAACGCUGCCACGCGGCCCACUGACACUCAGGACUGUGAACUGACCCAGUGUCCCAUCAGUCACCCGGUACCGCCGGGGACCAAAGUGCCCUCCCACCUCCCACACAAAACCCAGUGGAGGUUCGGCUCCUGGACACAGUGUAGCGCCACUUGCGGCAAAGGGACCCGGAUGCGCUAUGUCAGUUGCCGUGACAACCAGGGUGGAGUUGCGGAGGAUUCUGCCUGCUCCCACCUGGCCAAGCCCCCGGCCAGGGAGGUCUGCUCUGUAGUGGCCUGCGGACAGUGGAAGGUCCUUGAAUGGACAUCUUGUUCUGUAUCCUGCGGGCAGGGGAAGACCACGCGCCAGGUGGUGUGUGUGAACUUCAGUGAUCAGAUAGUGGACGUAGUGGAGUGUGACGCUGAUGACCGUCCGGCCACAGAGCAGGAGUGUGCCAUGUCCCAGUGCCCUGCUGCCCGCUCCAGUGACUCUCGGCCCCUCCCUUCACCCAGCGGGGGCCCCCGCAAUAACCUGCCCACGACUGCUGAUGGGCGGGGUGGAGGGCGAGCCCAGGCCCACCAGUGGAGAACAGGACCCUGGGGAGCGUGCUCGAGCACGUGUGCGGGCGGCUUCCAGAGGCGUGUGGUGGUGUGCCAGGAUGAGAAUGGUUAUGCUGUCAACAACUGUGAGGAGCACUCCAAACCCAUCGAGCAGCGCUCCUGUGAGUCCGGACCCUGUCCACAGUGGGUCUAUGGGAACUGGGGAGAGUGUACCAAGCCGUGUGGGGGAGGAAUAAAGACGCGGCUCGUGGCGUGUCAAAGGCCCAACGGAGAGCGCUUUAACGAUCUGAGCUGUGAGAUUCUUGACAAACCGCCCGACCGUGAGCAGUGCAAUACUCAGUCGUGCCCGUCUAACCCCCACUGGAGCACAGACCCAUGGAGCUCGUGUUCUUCCGCCUGUGGUAAAGGAUCGAAGAACCGUAAGGUGAGCUGUGUUACCCGAUCCGGUCGACCUGUUCCAGAGGACAACUGUAAACACCUGACCCAACCCAGCAAGGAGAGGAGCUGCCGGGGGCGCCGCUGUCCCAAAUGGAAGGCAGAGAGCUGGGGAGAGUGCUCAGCGUCAUGUGGCAAUGGAAUACAAGAGCGGGAAGUUUUCUGUGAGGUUGGAAACCGGCGCAGCCCGGAGGAGACUGAAUGCCCCCCAUCCUCCCGUCCGGCCUCCAGCCAGACCUGCCGGGUCACUGACUGCCCGUCUCCGUACCGGUGGAGCAAGGGAGAGUGGCAAUCGUGUAGUAAGUCGUGUGGGUCGGGCCACCGGCGUCGAGCGGUGCUCUGUAUGGACCAGACAGGGGAGGAGGUCCAUGAGAUGUUCUGUGUGGAUCAGAGAAGGCCAGAUGACUCUGAGAGCUGUAAUACCCACGUCUGUGAGUUCAUCUGGAUCACAGGGGAUUGGACAGAGUGCUCGGCCAGCUGUGGACAGGGAUACCACAGACGCCUAGUCUCCUGCAGUGAGGUGCAUGCUGGGAAUGAUAACUAUGAGUAUGGGCAUCAGUCUUUGUCCAACUGCCCUGGGACCCCCCCUGAGAGCUACAUGCCGUGUAGCCAAAGCCCCUGUCCUCCAACACACGAGUGGAGAGUUGGAGUCUGGGGACCUUGUUCAGUAAGCUGUGGAGGUGGGGUGAUGGAGAGGACAGUGCAGUGUGUGUCUACUGAGGGACAAGGCAGUGACAGUUGUCCCUCAGACACUAAACCAGAAGCCAGAAAAGUCUGCAGCAGCCCUGCGUGCCAUCUGCCCACUAGCUGCAGUGACGUCCAGAGUCUGUCUGGCGUCCAGCCUGAUGGUGAACAGUUUCUCAACGUACAAGGAAAAGCACUCAAAGUCUACUGUGCAGGAAUGCAGACUGACAGGCCGCAGGAGUACCUCACCUUGACGACCGGAGAGGGAGAGAACUACUCUGAAGUCUUUGGCUUCAGACUGAUAGACCCCACACAGUGCCCUGCUAACGGGACCAGGAGAGAGGACUGUGAGUGUAGGAGAGACUACACCGCUGCAGGCCUCUCCACCUUCACCAGAGUACGACUGGACCUCAGCAAGAUGCACAUCAUCACCAUAGACUGGCAGUUUGCUUUCACACGCGACGGCCACAGAGUUCCCUUUGCCACAGCUGGAGACUGCUACAGCGCUGCCCGGUGUCCACAGGGUCGAUUCAGCAUCAACCUCUCAGGGACAGGCUUCCAGCUCGCUGAGGAAACCAAGUGGAUCUCCCAAGGAAACUAUGCAGUUGCUGAUAUACACAAAUCCCAGGAUGGCAGCAGAGUAACAGGAAUGUGUGGGGGUUACUGUGGGAAAUGCACUCCGUCCUCCGGCUCUUACCUGCUCAUCACAGUGGCCUAAAUCUACAGUGUUUAACCAGAUCUCUUCAAGCCAAGAUGUCCAACCUCUCAGUGGUGCUACACUAAUGAGGAUUCCAUCCUCCAAACGACCUCUAUUCCCUCCAAUGUGUAAAUAUGUCAAUAGAACAGGUGUAAGUACUGUACAUAACAUGGUAAAUGACUUAUUUAUUAUACUAUAUACUCAACAUUUAUUUUUGUAUUGUAAGAUAAUUUAAGGAUUGUGUUUUCUUUCUUACAACAAACACCAUGGACAUCUAUUCGCAUUGCAUUAACUAGAACAUAAAAAUGUGCCUUAGAAAUAUUUAACAUAAUCAGUCCAGAGUAGUUGCUUGUGUUUCUUGCGUUGUUGUGGCAGUGUUGCAGCCUGGCUCUUCUAUGCCUUCAGAUGCAGAAGGAGACGUUUUGCUUCACGUUUGUGUGUACGGACGUGGGCACUUUGUAUGUACUUAUUUUUUUACACUCGAGGCUGCAUCCUUCAGCCUGUUUAUUCUUAUGCCGUAUGGUGUCACUAUCCAACCUUGUUCAGUGCCUGAGUGUUUUCCAACCAGUGUAGUAAGUGCUACUGUAUGUUCCUACCUGGGUCUUAGAGUGAAGGCUGUUUAGGCUGGUCUAAUUACCUGGUCUACACAGUCGCCAGCGGUGAUCAGUGGGCUGGUGCAUUAGUCAGGUGUGGUACAGAGACAGAGACGGCACAGUGAACCGUAGCGCAGUGUGCUGUAAAGGUCGAUCUGGGACAGCCAGGGGGAAUGCUGGUGCUGUCGAGGCUAGCACAGGCAGCUGCUGCAGAGGCAGACCCAGCCAGGUGUUACUACCACAGAGGAACAACCCUGAGAUGGGCCAUAUGCAGAGAGGAAUGGGAAUGAGUGCCCUAAAGAGAUAGCCAUCCUUGUAAAGUUGAGGAGUUCAAGAAUUCAGUAGCAGAGAGAGAGAGGGGAGGGGAGAGAGAGACAGAGACACAGACAGACAGAGAGGCAGAGAGACAGACAGACAGACAGACAGACAGACAGACAGACAGACAGACAGACAGACAGACAGACAGACAGACAGACAGACAGACAGACAGACAGACAGACAGGCAGACAGGCAGACAGACAGAGAACCCCUGCCUUGGUGGGACAUACUUGAAUAUUUUUGCUGAAUGAGAAAAGUGAAUGACAUGAAAGUUGUGAUGCAGAACCUUGACAUUUCAUACUUAUCUGUGGAAGUACAAGGUGUCACCUACCCAGAGGGAGUGUGUCAGGGGAAUAGACAGUGGAGUGCCCCGGGGGGCUUUAAGGUCAGAGCAGAGACACAGCUAGAGGAGGAGAGGGAGGAAAGGCUUGCAGGCUGAUAGAUCCAGAGAGAUGUGCUUCAAAGCAUCAGAAAGACUCACCUUUUGUUUGUUCUGGGUCUCUCAGGUGUUGUGACAGGGAAUAGCCGUUAUUCCUUAGUUUUGAGAAAGAGGCCGUAUUCCCAUGGCUAUAACUACAUGAAUCAAGCAGAGUUUACCUCAGGCCUAUAACAACACCAGUCCUCCAUAGAGAUUGGUUGAUGUCUUAAAGGUCUAGGUGUCCAAAUGCUGCCUCUAAGAACUGCUUACUGUACCUCCACUCAAACAACUUAGCUUUUUUUCUCAGCCUUUAUCUUAUUUCCUUUCAACAGUCAGUCCAUUUGUUUUGCUGUGUGAUGUAAGUGUUUUGACAAUAUCAGGGUACUUUCUGUUUGAAUGUGUGUUUUCUUUAUAACUUAUAUACUGUUUGCAACCAAUGCCCUUAAUUAGAUGUUUUUUUUAUAAGACUUUUAUAGAAAGUGAAUGACAAAUAAUAAUAACUAUAAUAAUUUGUAUGAUUCUUUUGACAUGAUAAGAUACUUAUCCCAAAAUGAAUAAUGUAAGUGGCUGUGAUGUCAUAAGGAAGUUUAGUAUAUCACCUUACUGUACACAUGUGAGGUUAUUCUCGUGUGUAUUUAUUUGUUUGACAGGGUUUGGCGGGGUGGAUGGACAUUGGUACCUGAGAUAGUUUCAGAGGACAAAGCCAUAUUUGCUACAUUUGCCUUUUUUUUAAAUAAAUGAAGCCUUGAGAAUAUCAGCAGGACAUUUUCAUGACGCUGUAACUCUUACUUUGUCAUGGUUCCGUCCAACCUUUCGCUAAAAGGGAAUUCCACACCAUUGUAACCGAUAGCCAUUCUGAAUUUAUCCUUGGAAUCAUAUUAGUUUAGAUUUAAUUAAGUAAAAAAUGUUCAAUGUUAACGUUAAAUGUUUUAUUGUCCAAAUAAUAUCCUCCAGUGAAAAGGGAUUGAAACUUUAGUCUGAUUGUGAAUAUCUGAUGAUCCAGAUUGUAUAUGUAUUCUCAGGUGUUAAAAUUAAGGGAUUAUUUGAACAUUAUAUUAUGUCUUAUAUUUAUGUAACAAUUUAUAAACUCAGCAAAAAAAGAAACAUCCUCUCACUGUCAACUGCAUUUAUUUUCAGCAAAUGUGUAAAUAUUUGUAUGAACAUAAGAUUGAACAGCUGAGACAUAAACUGAACAAGUUCCACAGACAUGUGACUAACAGAAAUGAAAUGUGUCACUGAACAAAGGGUGGUCAAAAUCAAAAGUAACAAUCAGUAUCUGGUGUGGCCACCAGCUGCAUUAGGUACUGCAGUGCAUCUCCUCCUCAUGGACUGCACCAGAUUUGUCCGUUCCUGCUGUGAGAUGUUACCCCACACUUCCACCAAGGCACCUGCAGGUUCCCGAACAUUUCUGGGGGGAAUGGCCCUAGCCCUCACCCUCCGAUCCAACAGGUCCCAAACGUGCUCAAUGGGAUUGAGAUCCGGGCUCCUCGCUGGCCAUGUCAGAACACUGACAUUCCUGUCUUGCAGGAAAUCACACACAGAACGAGCAGUCUGGCUAGUGGCAUUAUCAUGCUGGAGGGUCAUGUCAGGAUGAGCCUGCAGGAAGGGUACCACAUGAGGGAGGAGGAUGUCUUCCCUGUAACUCACAGCGUUGAGAUUGUCUUCAAUGACAACAAGCUCAGUCCGAUGAUGCUGUGACACACCGCCCCAGACCAUGACGGACCCUCCACCUCCAAAUUGAUUCCAAGUGUAGGCCUCGGUGUAACACUCAUUCUGUCAAUGAUAAACGGGAAUCUGACCAUCACCUCUGGUGAGACAAAACUGCGACUCGUCAGUGAACAGCACUUUUUGCCAGUCCUGUCUGGUCCAGCGAUGGUGGGUUUGUACCCGUAGGCAACGUUGUUGCCGGUGGUGUCUGGUGAUGACCUGCCUUACAACAGGCCUACAAGCCCUCAGUCCAGCCUCUCUCAGCCUAUGGAGGACAGCCUGAGCACUGAUGGAGGGAUUGUGCGUUCCUGGUGUAACUCGGGCAGUUGUUGCCAUCCUGAACCUGACCCGCACGUGUGAUGUUCGGAUGUAACGAUCCUGUGCAGGUGUUGUUACACGUGGUCUGCCACUGCGAGGACGAUCAGCUGUCCGUCCUGUCUCCUUGUAGCGCUGUCUUAGGAGUCUCACAAUAUGGACAUUGCAAUUUAUUGCCCUGGCCACAUCUGCAGUCCUCAUGCCUCCUUGCAGCAUGCCUAAGGCACAUUCACGCAGAUGAGCAGGGACCCUGGGCAUCUUUCUUUUGGUGUUUUUCGUAGUCAGUAGAAAGGCCUCUUCAGUGUCCUAAGUUUUUAUAAGUGUGACCUUAAUUGACUACCGUAAGCUGUUAGUGUCUUAAUGACCGUUCCACAGGUGCAUGUUCAUUAAUUGUUUAUGGUUCAUUGAACAAGCAUGGGAAACAGUGUUUAAACCCUUUACAAAGAAGAUCUGUGAAAUGAUUUGUAUUUUUACGAAUGAUCUUUGAAGGACAGGGUCCUGCGAAGGGAUGUUUCUUUUUUUGCUGAGUUUAUAUAUACUGUAUCUUAUUCCACAUUUCCAUCAUUGUUGACCUUUUGAUAAAUCUAUGUAUUUUUCCAUUGUUUUUCUACUUUUAAAUGAUCUUAACAAGUAUUAUAAUAAGAAAUCAUACAUGCUUUUGUUCAAUAUGCAAGUGCUUAUUGUACCUUUGAAUCAUAAAUGAUUAUGAAUUAUAAUGCAAAUUGUGACCUAAAUAAAACAUACCUCUUUAUUACAAAUCAUA